AUGCGGAGCACGAAGUUGAAGCAACGCCUGGCGGCCAAAGCGGCACAAUUCGAGGCCAAUUCGGGCCCCAAAGUGGUCACCGGAAAGACAGUACAGACGCCCAACAAAAGUAAAAUCAAGAAAUUGUUUAAGGACUUGUCAGCUCUGAGCGCCGACAACCAAAUCACUGGCCACUGGCCGACAAACAUGACUCACAGUCUGGAACGUAAUCUCAAUGAGUUGGAGAAACUGUUCCGUAUCAACAGUGGCCGUCCGUCUAGUGGUGGCACCGGUGCCGCCGAUUCCCUGUACUUUCAUUCGCUAAAUGGCGUCCAAUUGUUGACCAAAAUGUUGUCCCGAAUAAUGAACGGCACCCGAGAGAAGCCCACAUCACUCACCGACCGGUCCAACGCUAAGUUGGCCGAACUUUACGAACUGGUCUGCGGUCAGCACUUGGAUGUGGCCGACUAUGUCCUCCAAUCACAACACGUGAUCGAUUUGUUGGACAUUCUCUGCCAUCGGAUCAAUCUAUUGGACACGACUCUCAUGGGUAGCAGUAGUGGCAGAACCGCUGCCCAGACAUGCGAUAUAGUGGUCGGAGCCCUUACCGACGAUUGUCUGGCCUUCAAUCACAUCAUUCAAGACGUGAUCAGUUAUAUAGUAUCGGUCGGAAUGAUUGAUAAGCUGUCGCUAAUGAUGGCCAACACUCGGGGCCCCGUCGACGACAACCCGGAGCUGACACAAUGCCUGAGAAAUGUUGUCUCGCUGUUCAGCUCACUCUCCAAACUGAUGGCACUUCGAGUGGAGCACAGGUUCGGCGCCCGUCUCGCCGACGACGACACACAACUGAUGCUCACGUUUCAGAUGACACACAUCGGCGGUGUUGUGUCCCUCAUCUACGGAGUGCUCCUCCAC